AUGUCUCGCCAUCACCCCGAUCUCGUCAUGUGCCGCAAGCAGCCCGGCAUCUCCAUCGGCCGGUUGUGUGACAAAUGCGACGGCAAAUGCCCCGUGUGCGAUUCCUAUGUGCGCCCGACGACGCUAGUCCGGAUCUGCGAUGAGUGCUCGUUUGGCAACUACCAAAAUAAAUGUGUCGUCUGCGGUGGCGAGGGCAUCAGCGACGCGUUCUACUGUUUCGAAUGCACGCGCCUCGAAAAGGACCGUGACGGGUGUCCGAAGAUCAUCAACCUGGGAAGCUCACGGACAGAUUUAUUCUACCAAAAGAAAAGUUUUCGAAAUCAAUGA